CAGGAAGUGACUCAAAAAACUGUUCGUGAUGUGGGGAAGAGAGGUCCCCGUUGGGUGAGGAAUCGGAAAGGCCCGCCCAGAUUUGGGCCCCCCGCUCUUCUUCCCUGGCCGGGGGCGCAGGCGAAGCUGGGGCCAGCGGGCACCGAGCGGCGCCGGCGGGACUGAGGCCGCAGAGGGCGGCGAGGCGGGGCUGGGCGGCCAAGCAGCCAUGCCUACCUGGGGGGCUGGCUCCUCGUCCCCUGACCGCUUUGCCGUGUCUGCGGAGGCCGAGGACAAGGUGCGGGAGCAACAGCCCCAUGUGGAACGCAUCUUCAGGGUGGGGAUGAGCGUCCUCCCCAAGGACUGUCCCGAGAACCCUCACAUCUGGCUGCAGCUGGAGGGCCCCAAGGAGAAUGCCAGCAGAGCCAAGGAGUACUUGAAGGGUCUCUGCAACCCGGAGCUGCAGAAUGAAAUCCACUACCCACCCAAACUGCACUGCAUCUUCCUAGGAGCCCAAGGCUUCUUCCUUGAUUGCCUGGCCUGGAGCACAUCAGCCCAUCUGGUGCCUGGGGCACCCGGUUCUCUGAUGGUCAGUGGCCUGACUGAGGCCUUCGUCAUGGUCCAGAGCCGAGUGGAGGAGCUGGUGGAGCGGUUGAGCUGGGACUUUCUGCCAGGGCCGUCCCCUGGAGCCUCUCAGUGUGCUGGAGUGCUGAGAGACUUCUCUGCCCUGCUGCAGUCCCGGGUGGAUGCCUACACAGAGGCCCUGCUGCAGCUGCCCCUGGCCAUCCAGGAGGAACUGCUGAGCCUGGUGCAGGAGGCCUCCAGGGGGCAGGGGCCCCAAGCAUUCCCAUCCUGGGAGCAGGGCAGCCCAGGAUUGCACCAGGAAGUCAGGACUCCCCUGAGUGAAGGCAGGGAGUCCCUGGACACAGGCCCAACAGGGUGGCGAGAGUCAAGGGACGAGAGACAUGCUCUGGAGAAGGAGAGAGAAAAGCAGGGUGCUCCCAGGGAGACGGACUUGGGGUGGAAGGAGCUUCCCAGGGAAGAGACCUGGGAGAGACAAGGGGCCUUUGGGUCACAGAUAGGAGGAGGAGAGGCAGGGCAGGCAGCACCCCUGAAGGGGAAGGCCCUGGGGAAGGAGGGGGUACCUCAGGAAAAGGGAAGGUUCUGGGUCCAGGGUGAGCCUCCUGGUGCCCAGGGCCCCUGUCAGAAGGCAGCUCAGCCCAGGGGAGCCUCCCUCCUCCAGCGGCUCCAUAAUGGGAAGGCCUCACCACCCAGAGUGCCCAGCCCCCCACCUGCGCCUGAACCCCCGUGGCACUGUGGAGACCGAGGGGACAGGGCAGACAAGCAGCAGGUUGUGGCUCGAGGUCGGGGGUCUCCAUGGAAACGAGGCACCCGGGGGGGCAACUUGGUGACCGGCACGCAGCGUUUCCAGGAGGCCCUCCAGGACCCCUUCACCCUGUGCCUUGCCAACGUGCCGGGCCAACCAGACCUCCGCCAUAUUGUCAUCGACGGCAGCAACGUGGCCAUGGUGCACGGCCUCCAGCACUACUUCUCCAGCCGGGGCAUUGCCAUUGCUGUGCAGUACUUCUGGGACCGAGGCCACCGAGACAUCACCGUCUUUGUGCCUCAGUGGCGCUUCAGUAAGGACUCCAAGGUCAGAGAGGGUCACUUCCUGCACAAGCUGUAUUCCCUCAGCCUGCUCUCCCUCACUCCCUCCCGGGUCUUGGAUGGCAAGAGGAUCUCCUCCUAUGACGACAGGUUCAUGGUGAAGCUGGCCGAAGAGACAGAUGGGAUCAUUGUCUCCAAUGACCAGUUCCGGGACCUGGCAGAGGAGUCAGAGAAGUGGAUGGCAAUCAUCAGAGAGCGUCUGCUGCCCUUCACCUUCGUGGGAAACCUCUUCAUGGUGCCUGAUGACCCACUGGGGCGAAAUGGUCCCACACUGGAUGAGUUCCUGAAAAAGCCUGUCAGGGCACAGGGAUCUUCUAAGGCUCAGCAUUCUGCCAGGGGCUUUGCAGAACAUGGCAAUCAGCAGCAGGGGAAAAAAGAAGAAGAAAAAGGCAGUGGUGGCCUUCGGAAGACACGGGAGACAGAGCGGCUCCGGCGCCAACUGCUGGAGGUAUUUUGGGGCCAGGAUCACAAGGUGGACUUCAUCCUGCAGCGAGAGCCAUACUGCCGGGACAUCAACCAGCUCUCCGAGGCCCUGCUCAGUCUCAAUUUUUGAGCCUUACCUGUCUGAGUGACUGCCACCCCAUCAGCUCCAGCCCUGCCCAGCUCAGCUCAUUCUGUGAGGCUCCAUCUGCUGCUCAGAGCCUAACCUAGACCCACCCUGAGUUAGUGUUUUGGGUCAGGGAAACACUGAGGGAGAACAUUCAUGUUGGGGGAAUGCUCUUGCUGGGGGCGCUUUGGGGGACAGGUCCAUAAAGUGACCUGAUAUCAUCUUGAGUGAGGACCUCAACCAGCUCUUAGGAGGUUCUGCUCAGCCUUAACUUCUCAACCAUGCAUUAUGCAGGGUUUCUGUAGGGAGUGGGGGCUGCUGGAAAGGGUAUGUCCCAGAGAUUAGGAUUGCUGGGCCCUCCUCCAUGCUGAGCUGGAGAUGGAGGCUAGGAUGGGUCGAAGAGGAAUGUAGAACAGGUGGCAAGGAAGCUAAGCCUUUCCUCCUCCUGGCUGAUGCUCUGAUGGCCAGAGGACAGGACGCCUCCCAGGCCUGGCUGGGCUCCUGGGUACAUCGAAGGGAAUGCUGGGCCCUGGAAAGGCUGGUGUUCUGGGUUACUGUGGGGCAGGGGAGAGCUGGUGGAAAAGGCAGGGGGAGACUUUGGCUUCUGGUCUCAGCUGUGCCUGUCUGUGACUUUGACUGAUCUUGGUCUUUACUUCUGCCUAUAAGUCGGGGGUAAAAAUGCCUGUUGGAAGGAGAGAAGAGAACGUGGAGGAAAACUCCUUGGAGGAAAGGUACUUGGACCAAGUCUCAGGUGUCAGUCUGUGGGUUACACAGGCUUCCUAACCAAAACCUCACUUUCAGAGCGCUGAGGGUCCUCUGUCUCCAGGGCCUGUGCCCUAGAUUUUAACACUGCAUCCUCAGUAAAAUGUGCCCUAUAAUGGCUGCACUCCUUUUGGGCAACCCCUCUAAAUCCACAUUUACAAAACAAUUAGUUAGGGUUGACUGUUUGCAUUUCUGGAAUACUCUCAGGGUUCGUUCCUAUCAAUGGCAGCUCUCUUGUUGCAUUCAAUUGCUUGUUUACAGUCCAACGAAUGUGUCAGAAAGUCCCCAGUCCCAGGUUAAUGCAUGCGCUCCAGCAUUGAACAGUCACCAAACUGAUUAAGUCAUGCUCUGAGAGGACAGUGUUGAGACCUGACCCUUGUUUUUUCUACAGUACACAAAUGUUGCCUAAAGCGAUCACCCGCUUCUGUGUGUGUGUGUGUGUGUGUGUGUGUGUGUGUGUGUGUGUGUGGAUGUGGAUGGGAGGGUUUGCAGAGGUUGUAUCUAGAGGAGUCAAUCUGAAAAACGAAAACUGAAGUAUCAGUCAGAAGGUACUUGACUGGCUACCAGACCAACUGCUGUCACAUCAGGACUUUCCCUCUCCGCCUUGAUUCCUAUAAGUCAUUGUCCUGUGUGUGCUUGAAGUCCUCCUAUGCCAGGGAGUCUACUACCUCCGAGGCAGCCCAUCCAUCCAUGGACAGUAUUAGUCAGUCCUUCCUCUAGUGCAGCCCGAUAUGCUUUUUGGUGACUUUUAGCUUUGAGGCCGGUCAUUCCCUCAGGAACAGUACUGAGCCAGUCAACUUCCUCAAGAGUCCAAGACCAAAUAAAGAUGUAGGACAGGUGCCCCUAGGUUCUGUGCAGUCUGGGCCCUGCAGCAAAUCCCUGGACAUGGUCCUUUUUAAGGCUCUGACUCCUGCUCCCUGAGCAGCACAGGGAGUUGACAUCACCCCAGAUCCUUGUUAUCAGCAGCUAGCACGUGGAGCUGAGUGAUAGAGCUCCCUGGGUCCCAGUGUCUUCGCCCCUCUUCCCCGUUGGUCAUGAACACUGCUACACGACACUCACCUGGCUGGGAGCAGGUGUGUUGGAGUGAGGCCAGUCGAGGUGGUGACAAUGAUUCAAAGACAACCCAUAGUCCCCUCAGAAGAAAGGAGAUUGGUUAAUAUGGCCUGAAUUGGGGGCUAGGGGAACUACUUCUGGUUAAACUGUGGCAGACAUCAGGGUCGAAAAAAGGGAAAGGGUUCUUGAGGAAGCCUUUUUUUCCCUGAUAGGGUGGAGUUUGUAGUUUUGGAUAGGUCCCUUGUACCUCUCACUUUCAGUGCUGGUGGGGGUGUAUGGGCUCAGGGUAUCUUCUGCCCUUUUGUGCUAGGGACCAUGGUUGACCAAAGUGGCCCCAAUCAGGUAGGAGGCAAUCCUUCGCUUCUGAUAGUCCUAAGCUCUGGACAGCUUCGUCUUGCUGCAGCUUGACGAACUGGGACCAGCAUGUGACUGCUUUAUCAACUCACUGCUGUCCAGUGACAGACUGAAUGAAGGCUGUCUUAGACUUGGGCCUCAUCUUUUCCUCUGCUGGCACCCUAAGGGCAUUGUGUGAACAAGUAUGCUAGGUGACCACAGCCCACCGGAAAUGGAUCACAAUUCCUCUUGUCUCUUCAUUUCUACCUUUGUCAUAACCUCAUGCCUCAAAUUUGUUGGGUGGGAGAAGAAUCUCGAAGAGAAUGGAUGUGUGUAUAUGUAUAAACAAAUCACUUUGUUGUACAGCAGAAAUUAUCACAACAUUGUAAAACAACUAUACUUCAAUAACUUUAAAAAAUGAAAAAAAAAAAAUCUGUUGCCAGCUCUUUUGGCAAUGGAGGGAUCAAGAAGGGAGAUGUUUAUCCAUUAUAACUUUCAAAACCCCAUGUAAAGGAAAGGGUCAUUUAGGAUGACAUUCCUUGAAAUAAAUUUCAGGAGAAUCUAGGCCAAAGAGGUGAGGUGAAA